UAGCCCCACCCCCAACCCACUCUUCUCGUUUCUUCUCCUCCUCUCCUGAUUCCCCCACAUCGCCGCCGCCCCUCUCACCCACCGGCCAGCUCUCCCCACCGCCGCCGGAACGCACCCGACCCACUUUCUCUCGCCGGAAGGAUCCCGUCACCACCGCGUCUCCCCCUUUGCUCCCCAACCUCGCCAUAUUCGACGCCCACAUCGCCGGCCCCCACCGGCGCCGCACCCCACCCCACACCCACCUUCUCUCCCUUGGACGGAAGGAUCCCGUCGCCACCGCCCCUUCCCCUUCGCUGCCCCAACCUCGCCUCCAGUCCAACCCAUAGGCGAUGGCGUCGGGGAGGUCAGAUCCGCACCACCACUCCGGCGACGGCGUCGCGAAGGUCAGAUCCGCACCACCACUCCGGCGACGGCGUCGGCGAACGUCGCUGCCGGGGGACACGAACCUCACUGUGCCGCGUUAACGUAGACGGGCACCAGAUCGAUAGGCAGCGACACCUGCCCCACGAUUCGCCGGUCAGCUCAGCGACCUAACCCGCUGCGGUGACGAAUCAACCGCCGCGGCACCGUCGUGCAUCUUGACGAGUACGGCGGAGGUCGUCUCCUCCACAGUCGCUGACGCCUUCCUCCGUUUGGUUCUGCUCGUGCUGGAGGAGUUGUUGCAGCAGAACAACCUGGAAGUGUCGCCUCCCCUUCUUCGACUUGACUCCCGCACAGCUGGGGCAGCUUAUCGACCUCGCGAGCUUUGAUGACGAAUCAUCCGGCGCGGCACCAUCGUGCAGCUCGACGAGUACGGUAGAGGUUGGCUUUUCCAGUCGCUGCCACCUUCCUCUGUGCGGAUCUGCUCGCGGUUCAGCGAUGAGGAGACGUCUCGCCGACCAGGCCUCUCCAAAUCCUCAGCUCGAUGAAGCAAGCUCUAGGAGAGCAAGUUCCUCAUGGCUAUUGCUCCAUCCAACGCAGGCACGGCCAGGGGUUUUGGAGGGCGAAGGUGGUCAUCAUCGACCCGGGGCUCUACAUGGACAAGGUGGACGUGUUAUGGAUACCACAGUGCCGGAGCAUGCCAACAUCCUUCAAGCUCUUCACCGGAGAGCUAGUUCCUCAAAUUCUUGGGGUUCAUGUAGAAUCUCACUCUCAUGGGUCAUGGAGUCGGCCGCCAUCAUGGCCAUCCCGCUAGCAAACGGAGGGGGGAAGCGGCUGGAUUGGCAGGACUUCAUCAGCAUCAUUACCCUGCUUGUUAACAAGCAUCUGCUUCGUCUGCCGUGUCAAAGGCGUGUGCGGCCACCUGCCCCUUCUUCGACUCGACUCCGGCACACCUGAGUGAUCCACGUCUUCUCCAAGCUGCCGUGUGAUCUCAACUUCAUUGACCACACCAUCAACAUCGGAUGGAAGGAAUAGGUGUCUCCUAGCCCUGAACUCUGUUUUUCUGUGCGCCGUGGCUGAAUGGACAUUGAUGGCAUUGUGAAUCUGUGCGUCUAGGUUCCAGAGGUGAAGCCAGUCAUCAUCAACCUAGCGCUAUACAUGAAGGUGGCCGUGUUCUGGAUGCCACAGUGCCGGAGCAUGCCAAUAGCCUUCUUCACUAGUAAUAAGCAAAAACAUUGGUUUUUUAGUUGAUCCAAUGGAACUGCUCUUGUUAAGUUGGUAACCCAGUUAUUGACAUGUACUAGGGUAGAAAUGUUCUAUCUAUGAUUUUAACCCAUACAUCUGAUGAUUGUUCACUGUCCAUAUAUGCUGUCUCCUGCAAAUUCUUGUUCUGACAAUUGAACAAAUAUGUUGUCGACGUUUA